AUGGGUGUACCCGUGGGCACAAACGUUCCGGACGAUGACAUCUACAACACUAAGUUCUUGGACCUGUGCAAAGGACUCAACUUGGACAAGAAUGCUGCCAGCCGGGCAUGGGAGACUUAUAUGGCGGUCAAGGAGAACUAUUCAUUAGAUGGGGAUCCAAGUCAUUGGUUAGCCUGUGCUAUAUAUGUGGCAUGUCGUAAUGUCACUGAACAUACAGUUGGAGAUAGUGAAACAUUGAUUGAGGGCAAUUUAGUUAGCUUAACGCGACUUCUCCGUUUGUGUAAUAUUAGUCUUAUACACUUUAUCGGUAAAAGCAAAAAAUGGGCUGAUAUGAUUAAUAUGCCACCAGAAUUGCGUCGUAAAAUAGAUAAAUUGGAAAAAAACUUUGCUGUUUCAAUGGUUAUAUUCAAAAAAUUUCAACCAAUAUUUGGAGCUAUGUUUAACAUGACCAAAGACGAACAAACAAAAACUCGAUAUUCUAAAAAGCAAAAAGUGACGUGUUCAGCAUCUAAACUUUUCGAGUUUUGUUGGACAUUGUUUGUAGUUGCUAAAUCUGAAUUCCCAGAUUUGAGUGAAAAUUUAGUUAACUCGUAUCAUUUAUUAUUAGCUUGCUGUGAUUAUGUAUAUACAAAUGUUCUUAUAGCCGAUUUAAGAGAUAUAUUGAAUAAAUCAUUUGGAGGCCUACCCCAUGAUUUUGAAUCUACUUCUUAUGUUUCACCUUCAAAGCCUAUUUGUGUAAUUGAUUAUUUGUGUCAACAAUAUGAUGGUAUUACUACUGAUGCAAAGGUGAUUAAAGAGUACUUUUGGAAGACAAAUCUUAAAAAAUUGAUUGAAAGAAAAGUAUUAAAAGGAGAUCCUGAUUUAAAUUUACUUUUGGAUGUAGUUAAUUUUGAUUUCAAUUAUAAGGCAAUCAAUAAACGUUAUGAACAGUAUGUCUUGAGUGUUGGCGAAUUUGAUGAACGAAUAUUCCUUUCUGAAAAUGCCAAUAUUGAAAUUGGCGCAUCAAAUGAAUGUACAACAGAAGAUUUAGCUAAAGAAAUGAAAAACCAAAAAAACAAUUUAUUUAAUCAACAAACACCACUUACGGGACGAAAUCAUUUAAAACCAAAAAUUGAUGUGUCUGAUGAAAGUACACCUGUGAAAAAUGCUUCGGAAAUGGUAUUUAAAAUACAAUCAAUUUUAGCAGAUUGCUCACCUUAUCCAUCCGAUAAAUUAUACACGUUGCUAAAGUCAUGUUCAACAACUUUAAAAAGUGAAAUCGAAGAUCUAAUUAAUAUGUUAGGUAUUAAAUUCUGUUCACAAUAUAGUCAGGUAGAUCAUAAUUCUGCAUUACAUAAUGAUUUUGCUGAAAAAAGAUUGAUUAUGGCCAAGAUAUGGUUUUACAAGUUGUUUGAAAAUAUUAUUGCUAAAGAAGCAAAAAAUCCUAAAUAUGAUAUUAAAAAUUUAAUUUGUCAUACUGUAUUUCACGAGACUCUUUUUGCAUGCUGCUUAGAAAUGGUUAUAUUUGCCUAUAAUUCACAACGUGCAUUUCCAUGGGUUCUUAAUGCUCUUCAAAUUCAUCCUUACCAUUUCUAUAAAGUAAUUGAAGUAAUUGUUCGUGUUGAAGAUAAAUUACCUCGAGAUAUGAUCAAACAUUUGAAUAGAGUUGAAGAACAAGUCUUGGAUAGUUUAUCAUGGCAGUCUGAAAGUCCAUUGUGGGAUUUAAUUAAUAAAAACAAUAAGUUGAUUCCACAUUAUGAUGAUAUUGCUUUAGUUUCUGUAGCCGGUGGGGGGGCACAAGUGUCCAAUUUAAAUCACAAAAUUGAAAAUAAUCGUUUUGCACAUAAAGAUAGCCCAGUUUCUGAUAGAUUUAUCUCUCCAGCACCCGGUCAACAACAUAUUAAAAUGGGCAAACAAAUUACUGUUAAUGAAAAUAGACAAUACUUUUCAGUUUCAUCAAGAAAUAAUGGUGUUUCAAUACCUACUGGUCCAUUAAAAAAAAUUGGUACUUUAGGAUUAUUUUUCAGAAAGUUUUAUAAUUUGGCUUCAGUACGCAUGCAAGAUUUGUGUUAUCAAUUGAGUAUUAAUGAUGAAGAUUUAAUGCGAAAAAUUUGGACAUGUUUUGAACAUGUUAUUAUUGAGCAUACAGAUAUGAUGCGUGAUAGACACUUAGAUCAAAUAUUGAUGUGUACCAUUUAUAUCAUCUGUCGAGUGGUCAACUUAAAUUUGUCUUUUCAAGCAAUUAUGAAAUGUUAUCGAACUCAACCUCAAUCUGCUUCACAUAUAUACAGAAGUGUCUUAAUUACUCCACGAAAUCCUAGUCAAGAACACAUAGAAAAUAAUGGAGCACAGCGAGAUACUGAACAACGUAUCGAUCUUAUUAAAUUUUAUAACACUAUAUUUGUUCAAAUAGUUCGAGAUAAUGCUUUAAAAUAUUCUACUAACAGUAAUAAUGAUAAUCUUACACUAUCUCCUUUACCGGCUACUAAGACUCAAUUGCAAUCACCAACCACACGACGAGUCAAUGAUCGAUUACCAAUAUUUAUACGUAAAUUGGAAGCUCAGGCUAGUCCAAUUAAAUCACCAAUCAGGCCAUUGAGUUACUGUAUAAAUCAAAGUCCUAAAAAAGAUCUAGAAAAUAUAAAUAUGAUAACAAUGCGAGCAAUUACUAAGAAAAGAAAUAUAUCUGAUGGACACCACGAUGGGCCAAUUGUAAAACAAAAAACUCCUUCUCCUCCUGUUAUAACCAAACGAUUACAAGGUCUAUUAGAGGAAAGAAUGGAACAUAAUACUGAUAAGUAGUAUAUUUAAUAUAUUAUAUACAUCUUCAAUUUUCUAUCAUGUGAAUUUUUCUCUAGUGUUAAAUGAUAAAUUAAUUAAUUUAUAAUUAAAUAAAACCGUGAAUCAGUUAAAAAAAAAAUCAACAUUUUAAUUUGUAAGUGUUUGUCCUAAAAUUUUUUUUUAGGUUUUGUAGUUUUAUACCGUUUCAUAAUAUAUAUAAAUAUAUAUUUUUUUAAACAUUUUUCCAUUUUAUUAAUUAACAAAAUGUUUGUGUUUGUUUCAACUUAAAUCUCACGUUUGGAUAAAAAUCCAAUAAAAAUUGAUUUUAAGUGUAGGU